AUGACGGUUCGAGCAAGCACAAAGCAAGUGCAGCAACAGCUAACAAAGACAUGGUCAACGCUGCACUAUCGCAUGGAAUAUGGUGGAUACUUGUCCAACCAUUUACUUCACGGUGUCGUGGCACUCUACGACCUUGGUGCUAGUGAAGAAAAGAUUGAAAGCUUUGCCGAGAGCUACGCAACUAAGUUGGAAAAAAGAGAAUUCAAUCAAAAGGUUUUACACAAUUCAAAACUGACGUUUACAGCCGCGCGUGAGUUACUCGGUAAGCGACAAAAUUUUGACGGACUCCUGGCGCUCUACGCUACUGAAGUGAAAGAAUUGGGGAUUGACGGAGCAGUGAAGAAACACUUGCCCGUUCUAGUCGGCGGUCUAGCUGGCGCACUUCUUCACUCAAUCAUCCAGCUUGGCUAUGCUUACCAUAUUGGUGGUAAGCAUCUUGUAGCUGAAGGACUGACGUACAUGCACUAUGCGUACCUGUCGUUUGACGAGCCUCCAACUGUUAUUGGUGAAGAGUCUUCAAAAAAGAAAACAUUCUCACGUGAUGAAGCGUUGCAACUUGUACGUUUACUAAACGGCAAUGAGCUUUUGCUUGGUGAGAUGCGUAGCAAGCUUCAAAUGAAGCCGCUCGUUGACCUCAACAUUGGCGGCAUCCAGAAGCGCUUAAGCACGAUGUCAGGCGAUCCAGAACGAGGAAGUUCCACCGCGUUUCUAUUUAUAUGGAAAAUGAUCAAUAGUUAUGACCUGACGAAGAUGAAUGGGGUGCUUGCGCUUGAUUUAGCCUUUUGGUUGUACAUGAUGAUUGAGCACAACGAUUUCGUUAUUCUGCAUGCGGUGACAUCGGCGUGGGCUCUGCAGCAGGUUGAGCACUUGUUGGAACCAAACGAUCGCGAGCGUUCAUGGAAAGUGUGGUUGCAUGUGGCGUUAUCAGCGUUUGUGACGAAUGACAUUAACGAUUUGUUAUCAUCGGAUGUAUGUGAGCAUAAUUUGUCAGAGUGGAAACCAUGGAAACAAAUUGUUUCAAAAACUUUGACUCUAGCAGAUGAGGGUCUACUGGAACGUGAUCUAGUGCACGCUUACAAACUUGUGCAAGUUGCUCACAAUCACGCCAAGUGUGUUGAGAAGGCAUUUCUAACGACUGAAGAGCGUGAAGUUCUUGCCCGUAAAAGCGCACUUAAGGUGAUUUCAUGCGACUUUGGUGACUUAUAA